UUGCCAAAACAACAAAUCACUUCGAUAGAAAGAGUGACUCGAAGAGUUAUGAGCCCAUGCAACAAAGGAGCUGUAAGAGGAGUAAGGAAAACGAAGAAUCCUCUGAAAACCAAGAUUUCAGCUAAAUUACCUCGAGUUUUGCUAACAAGGUCUGCGAAACUCUCUGAUAAUGGUUUAUCACACCUCUUCAAAGAAAAGAUCCCACAAAAGUUCAAUUUGUUGAGGAGAAGAUGACAAAGGACAAAAUUGGAUUUUUCUAAAUUUGGGGUAUGCGAACGUUCAAAAAAGUAGAUGAAAUAUUCUGGUUUUUUCACUCGAAAUUUUUCUAAUUGAUAACAAAUAGACUAUGAAUAUAAGUGACAUGAAGGCGACGAUAAAGAGCAUGAUCUCCUCAAAAAGAGGCAGAAGGACCAUUAGAAAUACCAAAGGAGGUGUCUGAAAGAAAAAUAGAAGAAGGGUCUUGUCAGUAAGAAAGUAUGACCAAGAAACCCUUCAGAUGUAUGACCACGAGAGUAAGCAAAUCACUGAUGUUCAUAAUAUGAUGAUCCAUCAUGUAAAUGAAAAGUUAAGGUUCAAAAAGCUUGUCAACGGAAGAUUCUUUUCGCCUCAGGUUUUGAGACAGAAAGCUUCUACUUUUCAAAGAUAUUCUGACUUUGAGGCUCAAGUUUAGUACAAAGGAGGCAAAAUUAUAUCAAAGAAGAGAGAAAGAUACCACAAACUAAAGACUGAAGCUCUCUUCAAAAACCGUAUUAAUUUAAUUAUGCUAAUAAUAACUUUUGGGCUAAAAACUCUUUGGUUUAUUGGUCACUAGGUUUAAAAGUUGCUUCAGAUUUCCAAAAUUUUGAAUUCUUGGAAGAGAUAGAGUAUAAGUCCUCCUAUCUAGAAAUAGUUCAUUUUGACUCCUAAUUUUGCACCUUUUCUGCCAAAGCCCUGUCUAUUGAAGCAAAAUGUCAGUUAGAAAUAUUUAAAGGAGUACUUCAAUGGGAGAUGUACCUUCACCUUUUUCCUAUCGAGUCAAGAGGAGCAUCUGUCCAAACCUCGCAUAGAAUUAAUUACUAAGUGUCCUUAGAUUCCAAAAUAUUUGAGGUAGGCCAUCUCUGUGAGCCUAUUCGUUAGAUUAAAAUUUCUAUGAAACCGAUCAAACCAUUUUUUAGCUCAAAUUUAAUUUUAGAAAAUAAGUCAUUUGUUUGCUCAUUGCUUUAUAAUUAUAUCCCUUUUCACCAUUAUUAUUUGGUGAUGGAAAAUAUUAAGAAGAGUUGAGUUCUCAUUUUAUGUCCAUCUUGCUUCUGAGGAGAGCAAGAAAUCUCUCUUCUUUGAUUUGCUUGUUAAUUUCCAAAAAUUAAGUAUUUCACAAGCAAAGUUCAACCAUUAAUUAUAAAUACUAAGACAGGUAUUCUCCCUAAACCUAGACAGUUACAGAUAUGGCCCAUUGUAAUAUUUAUGAUUUUCUAUAAAUUUGCACACAAAAACCAGUUCCUUAGCUCUAUGGUUAAUCGAAUAUCAAUUUAAAUUUUCAAAAAUUUGGGUAAAAUAUCAAAAAUGUAUGAAAAAUUAAGAAUUGUUCUGAAAAGAACUUACCAAGGUUCUCAAUAACUUGCUCUUGCUGUAAGGUUUGAUGCAUAUUUUGA